UAUUAUCCAGAGAGACUUUACAGCAACGGACUCUUAUCCAGAGAGACUUUACAGCAACGGACUCUUAUCCAGAGAGACUUUACAGCAACGGACUCUUAUCCAGAGAGACUUUACGGCAACUGACUCUUAUCCAGAGAGACUUUACAGCAACGGACUCUUAUCCAGAGAGACUUUACAGCAACUGACUCUUAUCCAGAGAGACUUUACAGCAACUGACUCUUAUCCAGAGAGACUUUACAGCAACGGACUCUUAUCCAGAGAGACUUUACAGCAACGGACUCUUAUCCAGAGAGACUUUACGGCAACUGACUCUUAUCCAGAGAGACUUUACAGCAACUUACUGGAUGUGAGAUGGACAUUAAUGACUGGUCAGAUGGAUGCUAAUGGGAGAAAACCGCUGGCUGGGAGGUUGAGUGAGGAUACAACAGAGAUUCCGUCUCUCACAGUUGAAGUGUACCUCAAAUGACUGCCUCGCCUGGUUCCCCAACUACUUCUUAGACAGAGUUCAGCGUGUCAAAUCGGAGGGCCUGUUGUCCAGACCUCUGGCAGUCUCAAUGGGGGUGUGACAUGGUUCAAUUCUCGGGCCGACUCUUUUCUCUGUAUACAUCAAUGACGUUGCUCUUGCUGCUGUGACAAAGAUCCCGAUGUAAUGAUCAGUCACUGGGGGACGUGCACCAAGAUCCUCCUGGUACUGGUGUCGCUGAGGGUCAUAUACUAUACCGUUCUGGAAUAUACCAACAACCCAAACCACCCCUACCAGCGUCCCCAUUCUAGGAGGACUCCAGAUCCUUCAAGAGGAGAGGACUUGUCCUCCGAGAGCAUCAGUUCAACGACUAACGAUGAAUCAACAUAUUAUGUGGAAGUUGAAACUCCAGACAACAAGGACACACCUACAAUGUAUGUUGACGUUGAACCACAAGCUGAAUCAGAAGUUUAACUGGACACAAUAUUCAUUCAGGACUGGCCAUCAAUAACACCGACCACUGGACUGGCCACUCCUCCUCCGUAUGUGUCCCCAGGACCGUACCAUGUAGAAUACCCAUCAGAGUACUCCUUCAUCCUGGAUGAGCCAGAGAAAUGCCGGGAGCAGAACCCCUUCCUGGUUCUGAUGGUGCCAGUGGCGCCCUAUAACAGGGAGGCCCGUGAGGCCGUCCGCAGGACUUGGGGCAGUGAGAGGCAGGUACUGGGCAGAGAGGUCCGUCUGUUCUUCCUGCUGGGACUGCCCAGUGGAGAGGAGACAGAGCAGCUCCAGGAGAAGGUGCUGCAGGAGAGCAAAGAGCACCAGGAUCUGCUGCAGAGCGACUUCAUAGACAGCUACAAAAACCUGACCAUCAAGACCAUGGUGAUGAUGGAGUGGCUGAGCUCUCGAUGCCCCAACGCCUCCUACGCCAUGAAGAUCGACUCAGACAUGUUCCUCAACGUGAACACCUUGGUCAACAUGCUGCUUCACGCUCCAACGCAAAACUACAUGACUGGACUAGUGGCCCGAUGGGGAGCUGUUCUAAGAGACCGUAACUCCAAAUGGUACCUUCCAAAGGAGGUGUUUCCUGAACCAGUAUACCCACCUUAUGCUCUGGGUCUGGGCUAUGUCUUCACCUUAGACCUCCCCAGGAAGCUGGUGGAGGCGUCCAGGCAUGUUAAAGCCGUCUACAUAGAGGAUGUGUAUCUGGGACUGUGUAUGAGACACCUGGGCAUCCGGCCUACUGACCCCCCCAGUGGAAACCUUUUUCAGGGGUAUGCAGGAGCCCAGGACCGCUGUCACUACAUGGCUGUUAUCACGACCAUCCUCGACACUCCUCAGGAGCUUCUGGACAUAUGGAGAAACUUGCACCAACCUGGGCCUGUCUGUUAUUGAAAACAACACUCUGGGAAAGACAAAUAGCCUUGAGUUUAGAGCGUUGGGCCAAUAACCCAAAAGGGUGAUGGUUCCAAUCCCGGAGCUGACAAAAUGGCAAAUCUGUCACUGUGCCUUUGAGCAAGCACUUAACCCCAGUGCUCCAUGGGAGCUGGACAAUGGUGUCCCUCACCGGGACCUCGCUCCCUGUGGGUGUCUUGUUUGAGCUGUGACUUUCUAUUGGAUGCUUUUCUCUGGGUGUGGUAGAGAGGGAUUGCCUUAUCUCUGUGUUUCUGUGGGUGUGGUAGAGAGGGAUUGCCUUAUCUCUGUGUUUCUGUGGGUGUGGUAGAGAAGGGUCACCUUAUCUCUGUGUUUCUGUGGGUGUGGUAGAGAAGGAUUGCCUUAUCUCUGUGUUUCUGGGGGUGUGGUAGAGAAGGAUUGCCUUAUCUCUGUGUUUCUGGGGGUGUGGUAGAGAAGGAUCACCUUAUCUCUGUGUUUCUGGGGGUGUGGUAGAGAAGGAUUGCCUUAUCUCUGUGUUUCCGGGGGUGUGGUAGAGAAGGAUCACCUUAUCUCUGUGUUUCUGGGGGUGUGGUAGAGAAGGAUUGCCUUAUCUCUGUGUUUCUGGGGGUGUGGUAGAGAAGGAUCACCUUAUCUCUGUGUUUCUGGGGGUGUGGUAGAGAAGGAUCACCAUAUCUCUGGGCUUAUGUGAGUGGUGGAAAAGGUACUCAAUCAUCAUAUUCUCUAGUUUUUCUCACUAUUCUCUAGUUUUUUUUAAAUAUUUUUUUUACAGAUAGCCAGGGGCACAUUCCAACACUGAGACAUAAUUUACAAACAAAGCAUUUGUGUUUAGUGAGUCCUCCAGAUCAGAGACAGUAGGGAUGACCAGGGAUGUUCUCUGUUUAGUGAGUCCUCCAGAUCAGAGACAGUAGGGAUGACCAGGGAUGUUCUCUGUUUAGUGAGUCCGCCAGAUCAGAGGCAGUAGAGCUGACCAGGGAUGUUCUCUGUUUAGUGAGUCCGCCAGAUUAGAGACAGUAGGGAUGACCAGGGAUGUUCUCUGUUUAGUGAGUCCGCCAGAUCAGAGACAGUAGGGAUGACCAGGGAUGUUCUCUUUUUAGUGAGUCCGCCAGAUCAGAUGCAGUAGGGAUGACCAGGGAUGUUCUCUGUUUAGUGAGUCUGUUUAGUGAGACAGUAGGGAUGUUCUCUUGAUAGUUGUGUGAAUUGGACCAUUUUCCUGUCCUGCUAAGCGUUCAAAAUGUAUUGACUAUUUUUGGAUGUCGGGGAAAAUGUAUGGAGUCAAAAUAACAUUCUUUUCUUUAGGAAUGUAGUGAAGUAAAAGUAAAAGUUGUCAAAAAUGACCAUAUUAGAGACACAUAUUU